AUGGCAUCAUCCCUUCAACAGUGGAAGGCCGACAAGCCUUACCUCAACAUCCACUGCGCGCUGGGUGAGGGGCCGUACCACGACAAGAAGAACAACCUCCUGCGCUUCGUCGACAUCAAGAAGAAGCAGGUCCACAUCGUCGACCUCGCCCGGGGCCCCGCGUCCCUGCGCACGCUGCAGCUCGACGUCCCCGUCGGCGUCACGACCGACAUCGAGGGCGUCGACCCCAAGGACCGCAUCCUGGUCGGCCUCAAGUAUGGCAUCGCCGUCCUCGACCUGCAGACGGGCAAGUACGAGUACGUCGGCAAGCCGCUCAACGAGCAGCGCAACGAGCGGCUGAGGGCCAACGACGGCGCCGUCGAUCCUCACGGCCGCUUCUGGCUCGGUACCAUGACGGAUUUUGGGUUGGGCGAUUUUCAGAUUGAAGGCGCCCUGCACCGCUUCGACGGCACGUCGGGCAAGGAGGACGUCGUCAAGGGCCUCAUGAUCCCCAACUCCGUGGGCUGGUCCCCGGGCAACACGACCAUGUACUUCACGCACUCCACCGAGCGCAAGGUGUACGCGUGGGACUACGCCCCCGCGGACGGCGCGCUCUCGCGCAAGCGCGUCUUCUACACGCACGACGGCCCCGGCGAGCCCGACGGCUUCCGCGUCGACGAGGCCGGCAACCUCUGGCACGCCGUCUACGGCGAGGGCCGCGUGCUCAAGAUCUCCCCCGAGGGCGCGCUCGUCGGCGAGAUCCUGCUGCCCACCAAGGCCAUCACCUGCGUGCAGUUCGUCGGCACCGAGCUCUUCAUCACGACGGCCUCGCUGGGCGAGGAGGAGGAGGCCACGCAGGAGCAGCGCGAGAACGGGGGCGCGCUGUUCCGCGUCGACGUCGGGGUCAAGGGGCUCGAUUUCUUUGAGUUUAAGCUCUGA